AGAGCCGCCUCCGCGCGCAGGGGCCCGGCCACUUGGAGCAGCUCUGCCGCGGGGACUGCACUGUCUGCCCUGCCAGACCCGCCCCGACUGGGGCUCGCCGUCGCCAGCAGUCUGCACUGCGACCUCGGGCCCUACGCCGGCUAUGGCUGCGUCCUGGGACUAAGCCCGCAGGCUGUGUGACCGAGAUUCCCAAAGAGAGAGAGACUGAUAGAAGAAGAGAAGAAGGAGGGGCGGGCUCCUGGCAAGGCAUUCACUCCCGAAUAGAGUCCUGCAAAGAUGGAGAAGGAGGAGGAGACAACCCGGGAGCUGCUGCUGCCCAACUGGCAGGGCAGUGGCUCCCACGGGCUGACCAUUGCCCAGAGGGACGACGGAGUCUUCGUACAGGAAGUGAUGCAGAACUCCCCUGCGGCCCGCACUGGGGUGGUCAAGGAGGGGGACCAGAUUGUGGGUGCCACCAUCUACUUUGACAACCUGCAGUCUGGUGAGGUGACCCAGCUGCUGAACACCAUGGGGCAUCACACUGUUGGCUUGAAGUUGCACCGUAAGGGAGACCGUUCUCCUGAACCUGGACAGACCUGGACCCACGAAGUCUUCAGCUCCCGUAGCUCUGAGGUGGUUCUGAGUGGGGAUGAUGAGGACUACCAACGCAUCUACACCACAAAGAUCAAGCCACAUCUGAGGUCAGAGGAUGGAGUAGAAGGGGACCUUGGAGAGACCCAGAGCCGUACCAUUACAGUGACCAGAAGGGUCACAGCCUACACUGUGGAUGUGACUGGUCGGGAAGGAGUGAAGGACAUUGACAUCAGCAGCCCUGAGUUCAUGAUCAAGAUACCAAGGCAUGAAGUGACUGAGAUCUCCAACGCAGACGUGGAAACCCAGUCUGGGAAGACAGUGAUCAGACUGCCCUCAGGGUCGGAGCUAGCUUCUCCACCCACAGGCUCUGCCAUGGAUAUCCAGGCAGGUGCCAUUUCUGCUUCAGGACCAGAGCUCGAAGGUGUUGGCCAAUCAAAAUUCCAGGUCACUGUGCCUGGGAUAAAGGUGGGAAGUCCAAGCAUCAGUGUCAGUGCAAAAGGCUUGGGCUUGGGUGGCAAGGGAGGGAGCCAAGUUCCUGGAGUGGACAUUUCGUCUUCUCUUGGGACUGGCUCAGUAGAGGCACAGGGCCCAUCCCUCCAGAGUGGUGAUAUUGGGAAAAUUAAAAUUCCUACCAUGAAGAUGCCAAAAUUUGGUGUCUCAGCAGGCCCAGAGGUGGGGCUGAACGUUUCUGCACCUGAAUUAUCUGUGGGGCAUAAGGGUGACCAGCCAGGUUUGACCAUCAGUGGGGAUAUCCAGGCCCCUCAUCUGGAAGUCAGUGCCUCCUCUACCAAUAUUGAGGGGCUUGGGGGGAAGCUGAAGGGUCCCCAAAUCACUGGGCCGUCACUUGAGAGUGACUUAGGUGUGAAAGGUACCAAGCUGCAGGGGAACAUAGGAAUGGAUACUUGUGCUUCCAAAAUUGAGGGCAGCAUCACUGGUCCCAGCGUGGAAGUUGGAUCCCCUGACAUUGAUGUUCAUGGGCUAGGGGGCAAACUGAAUGUACCCAAGAUGAAAGUCCCUAAAUUCUCUGCAUCAGGUUCAAAGGGAGAGGGGGUUGGCAUUGAUGUGACACCGCCCACAGGUGAAGUGACCCUUCCUGGGGUCUCUGGGGAUGUCAGUCUGCCCGAAAUUGCUACUGGUGGGCUAGGAGGGAAGAUGAAGGGUGUUAAAGUCAAGGCCCCCGAAAUGCUUGUCCAGAAACCUAAAAUCUCCAUGCAGGAUGUGGAUCUGAGCGUUGGGUCCUGUAAACCGAAAGGAGAUAUGAAGGUGUCUGCUCCUGAGGUGAAAGGUGGUGUUAAAGGCCCCCAGGUGGCAGUGAAAGGCUCCAGAGUGGACAUAGAGACACCAAACUUAGAGGGGACCUUGACAGGCCCCAAGCCCAGCAGCCCUUCUGGAAAAAUGGGGGCCUGUAAGAUCUCUAUGGCAGAUGUAGACUUAAAUGUAGCUGCACCUAAAGGCAAAGGGGGUGUAGAUAUAAUGCUACCCAAAGUAGAAGGAAAAAUCAAAGCCCCUGAACUCGAUGUCCAAGGCCCCAAAGUGGAUGUCAGUGUCCCAGAUGUGGACGUUCAUGGCCCAGAAUGGAACUUGAAGAUGCCCAAGAUGAAGAUGCCCAAGUUCAGUGUCCCAGGAGUCAAAGGAAAAGGCCCAGAUGUAGACGUGACUCUACCCAAAGGAGACAUCAGUAUUUCAGGGCCUAAGGUCAACAUAGAAACCCCAAAUGCCAACACGGAGAGUCUGGGGGGAAAACUUAAAGGUCCUGAUGUUACUCUGCCAGAAGUGAGUGUCAAGACUCCAGAGAUUUCUGUGCCUGAUGUAGAUCUGCACAUCAAAGGUGUGAAGGUGAAGGGACAGUGUGAUGUAACAGCACCAAAGCUCGAGGGAGAACUGAAAGGUCCCAGAGUGGACACUGACCCCCCAGAAGUGGACGUUCAUGGCCCAGGCCUGAAGAUGCCCAGGAUGAAGAUGCCCAAGUUCAGCAUGCCUGGAUUCAAAGCAGAGGGCCCUGAAGUGGAUGUGAGCCUGCCUAAGACUGAUGUGGACAUUUCUGGGCCUAAGGUGGAGGUCAAUGCUCCAGAGGUGAGCGUUGAAGGACCAGAAGGGAAACUGAAAGGACCUAAGUUUAAAAUGCCUGAAAUGAAUAUCAGAGCCUCAAAGAUCUCCAUGCCAGAUGUGGACUUACACUUAAAAGGCCCCAGUGUAAAGGGAGAAUAUGAUGUCACAGUGCCAAGGGCAGAAGGUGAGAUUAAAGUUCCCGAUGUUGAACUUAAAAGUGUCAAAUUGGACAUUGAUGUCCCAAAUGUGGAUGUUGAAGGCCCUGAAUGGCACAUGAAGAUGCCCAAGAUAAAAAUGCCCAAGUUUGGCAUGCCAGGCUUCAAGGCAGAGAGUCCAGAAGUAGAUGUGAAUCUCCCUAAGGCCAACAUUGAUGUCUCAGGACCCAAGGCAGACAUCAAAGCUACAGAAGUGAACAUUGAAGGACCUGAAGGAAAGCUGAAGGCCCCAAAGAUCUCCAUGCCUGAUGUGGAUUUGCAUAUGAAAGGUCCGAAGGUAAAAGGAGAGUAUGAUGUCACAGUGCCAAAGGUUGAAGGAGACUUGAAAGGCCCAAAAGUAGAUGUCAGUGCUCCAGAUGUUGAUAUUCAUGGUCCUGAUUGGAACUUGAAAAUGCCAAAGAUUAAAAUGCCUAAGUUCAGCAUGCCUAGUCUCAAAGGAGAAGGACCAGAGUUGGAUGUGAGCAUGUCCAAGGCUGAUAUGGAUAUUUCUGUACCAAAGCUAGAUAUUAGUGCUCCAGAUUUGAACCUUGAGGGCCCAGAAGGGAAGUUGAAGGGCCCCAAGUUUAAGAUGCCUGAGAUGCAUUUCAAGGCUCCAAAGGCAUCUCUACCAGAAGUGGACCUAGAUCUCAAAGGACCCAAAAUGAAAGGAAAUCUAGAUGUGUCUACACCAAAAAUAGAGGGAGAGAUGAAAGUUCCAGAUGUAGACAUCAAAGGUCCAAAGGUAGGUAUUAAAGUACCAGAUGUGGAAGGUCAAGGCCCAGACUGGAGCCUGAAAAUGCCAAAGAUGAAAAUGCCCAAGUUCAGUAUGCCUGCUCUCAAAGGUGAGAGUUCAGCUGUAGAUGUGAAGCUACCUAAGGCUGACAUUGAUGUCUCAGUACCAAAAGUUGACAUUGAAACCCCAGAUGUGAGCCUUGAGGGCCCAGAAGGAAAUCUGAAGGGUCCCAAGUUUAAGAUGCCUGACAUGCACUUCAAGACUCCCAAGAUCUCCAUGCCUGAUGUGGACUUAAACUUGAAAGGCCCCAAAGUUAAGGGGGAUGUGGAUGUGACUGUACCUAAGAUAGAAGGUGAAAUGAAAGUUCCGGAUGUUGACAUCAAAGGACCUAAAGUGGACAUUAAUGCCCCAGAUGUGGACGUUCAUGGUCCAGACUGGCACCUGAAGAUGCCCAAGGUGAAGAUGCCCAAGUUCAGCAUGCCUGGCUUCAAAGGAGAGGGCCCUGAAGUGGAUGUGAAUCUACCAAAGGCUGACAUUGAUGUCUCAGGACCCAAGGUGGACAUUGAUGUUCCAGAUGUGAGCAUUGAGGGCCCAGAAGGGAAACUGAAGGGGCCCAAGUUCAAGAUGCCUGAGAUGAACAUCAAAGCCCCCAAGAUCUCCAUGCCUGAUGUGGACUUAAAUAUUAAGGGGCCCAAAGGAAAAGCAGAUAUGGAUGUAUCAUUGCCUAAGGUAGAAGGUGAAAUAAAAGUGCCAGAUGUGGACAUUAAAGGGCCCAAAGUUGGCAUUGAUGCUCCAGAUGUUGAAGCUCAUGGCCCAGAUUGGCACCUGAAGAUGCCUAAAAUAAAAAUGCCCAAGUUCAGCAUGCCUGGUUUCAAAGGAGAAGGCCCAGAAGUGGACAUCCAUAAGACUAACAUUGAUGUCUCAGGACCCAAGGUGGACAUUGAUGUUCCAGAUGUGAGCAUUGAAGGUCCUGAUGCAAAGCUAAAAGGCCCAAAAUUUAAGAUGCCAGAAAUGAAUAUAAAACCUCAGAAGAUAUCCAUGCCAGACGUUAGCUUGAAUUUGAAAGGCCCUAAAGUGAAAGGAGAAUAUGAUGUCUCAGUUCCAAAAGUGGAAGGAGAAAUAAAAGGUCCUGCUGUUGACAUCAAAGGCCCUAAAGUAGAUGCACCAGAUGUGGAUGUUCAUGGUCCAGAUUGGCACCUGAAGAUGCCCAAGGUGAAGAUGCCCAAGUUCAGCAUGCCUGGCUUCAAAGCAGAGGGCCCUGAAGUGGAUGUGAACCUACCAAAGGCUGACAUUGAUGUCUCAGGACCCAAGGUGGACAUUGAUGUUCCAGAUGUGAGCAUUGAAGGCCCAGAAGGGAAGCUGAAGGGACCCAAGUUCAAGAUGCCGAGUAUGAAUAUACAGACACACAAAAUCUCUAUGCCUGAUGUUGGGAUUAAUCUGAAAGGACCUAAACUGAAAAGUGAUGUAGAUGUUUCUCUUCCAAAAGUGGAAGGAGAUUUGAAAGGUCCUGAAGUUGAUGUUAAAGUUCCUAAGAUGGAUGUUGGUGAUAUUGAUAUUGAAUGUCCUGAAGCAAAGUUGAAAGGCCCCAAGUUUAAGAUGCCUGACAUGCACUUCAAGACUCCCAAGAUCUCCAUGCCUGAUGUGGACUUAAACUUGAGAGGCCCCAAAGUUAAGGGGGAUGUGGAUGUGACAGUGCCUAAGAUAGAAGGUGAAAUGAAAGUUCCGGAUGUUGACAUCAAAGGACCCAAAGUGGACAUCAAUGCCCCAGAUGUGGACGUUCAUGGCCCAGACUGGCACCUGAAGAUGCCCAAGGUGAAGAUGCCCAAGUUCAGCAUGCCUGGCUUCAAGGCAGAGGGCCCUGAAGUGGAUGUGAACCUGCCUAAGGCUGAUAUUGAUGUCUCAGGACCCAAGGUGGACAUUGAUGUUCCAGAUGUGAAUAUUGAAGGUCCAGAGGGCAAACUGAAGGGGCCCAAGUUCAAGAUGCCCAAGCUGAAUAUCAAGGCUCCCAAGAUUUCUAUGCCAGAUGUGGACUUGAAUUUGAAGGGGCCUAAGCUAAAAGGAGAGAUAGAUGCUUCUGUGCCAGAAAUGGAAGCUGAUCUUAGAGGUCCUCAAAUUGAUGUCAAAGGCCCCAGUGUGGAUGUGAAAGUGCCUGAUGUUGACCUGGAAUGUCCUGAAGCAAAGUUGAAGGGUCCCAAGUUUAAGAUGCCUGACAUGCACUUCAAGACUCCCAAGAUCUCCAUGCCUGAUGUGGACUUAAACUUGAAAGGCCCCAAAGUUAAGGGGGAUGAGGAUGUGACUGUACCUAAGAUAGAAGGUGAAAUGAAAGUUCCGGAUGUUGACAUCAAAGGACCCAAGAUGGACAUUAAUGCCCCAGAUGUGGACGUUCAUGGCCCAGACUGGCACCUGAAGAUGCCCAAGAUGAAGAUGCCCAAGUUCAGCAUGCCUGGCUUCAAAGCAGAGGGCCCUGAAGUGGAUGUGAAUCUACCAAAGGCUGACAUUGAUGUCUCAGGACCCAAAGUAGACAUUGAUGUUCCAGAUGUGAAUAUUGAGGGCCCAGAAGGGAAACUGAAAGGCCCUAAGUUCAAGAUGCCUGACAUGCAUUUCAAGACUCCCAAGAUCUCCAUGCCUGAUGUGGACUUACAUUUGAAAGGUCCCAAAGUCAAAGGGGAUGUUGAUAUGACAGUGCCCAAACUGGAAGGAGAUUUGAAAGGCCCCAGUAUGCAUGUAGAAGUACCUGAUGUUGACCUGGAAUGUCCUGAAGCAAAGUUGAAGGGUCCCAAGUUUAAGAUGCCUGACAUGCACUUCAAGACUCCCAAGAUCUCCAUGCCUGAUGUGGACUUACAUUUGAAAGGCCCCAAAGUCAAGGGGGAUAUGGAUGUGACAGUGCCCAAAGUAGAGGGAGAAUUAAAAGGCCCCAGUGUAGAUGUGGAAGUGCCUGAUGUUGACCUGGAAUGUCCUGAAGCAAAGUUGAAAGGCCCCAAGUUCAAGAUGCCUGACAUGCAUUUCAAGACUCCCAAGAUCUCCAUGCCUGAUGUGGACUUACAUUUGAAAGGUCCCAAAGUCAAAGGGGAUGUUGAUGUGACAGUGCCCAAACUGGAAGGAGAUUUGAAAGGCCCCAGUGUGCAUGUAGAAGUACCUGAUGUUGACCUGGAAUGUCCUGAAGCAAAGUUGAAGGGUCCCAAGUUUAAGAUGCCUGAUAUGCACUUCAAGACUCCCAAGAUCUCCAUGCCUGAUGUGGACUUACAUUUGAAAGGCCCCAAAGUCAAGGGGGAUAUGGAUGUGACAGUGCCCAAAGUAGAGGGAGAAUUAAAAGGCCCCAGUGUAGAUGUGGAAGUGCCUGAUGUUGACCUGGAAUGUCCUGAAGCAAAGUUGAAAGGCCCCAAGUUCAAGAUGCCUGAUAUGCACUUCAAGACUCCCAAGAUCUCCAUGCCUGAUGUGGACUUAAACUUGAAAGGCCCCAAAGUUAAGGGGGAUGUGGAUGUGACUGUACCUAAGAUAGAAGGUGAAAUGAAAGUUCCGGAUGUUGACAUCAAAGGACCCAAAGUGGACAUUAAUGCCCCAGAUGUGGACGUUCAUGGCCCAGACUGGCACCUGAAGAUGCCCAAGAUGAAGAUGCCCAAGUUCAGCAUGCCUGGCUUCAAAGCAGAGGGCCCUGAAGUGGAUGUGAAUCUACCAAAGGCUGACAUUGAUGUCUCAGGACCCAAGGUGGACAUUGAUGUUCCAGAUGUGAAUAUUGAGGGCCCAGAAGGGAAGCUGAAGGGUCCCAAGUUUAAGAUGCCUGACAUGCAUUUCAAGACUCCCAAGAUCUCCAUGCCUGAUGUUGAUUUCAACUUAAGAGGUCCUAAAAUCAAAGGAGAUAUUGAUGUUUCAGUCCCAAAGCUUGAGGGAGAAUUAAAGGCUCCAGAACUGGAUGUCAAGGGACCCAAAUUGGAUGCUGACAUGCCAGAAGUAGCUGUGGAAGGCCCAGAAGGAAAAUGGAAAAGUCCUAAAUUCAAGAUGCCAGACAUGCACUUUAAAGCUCCCAAAAUCUCCAUGCCAGACAUUGACCUUCACUUAAAGAGUCCAAAGAUAAAGGGGGAGGUUGAUGUGGAUCUUCCCAAAUUGGAAGGAGACCUCAAAGGGCCAAAUGUGGGCGUGAGUGGGCCAGACAUUGAAAUUGAAGGACCAGAAGGCAAAUUGAAAGGCCCUAAGUUCAAAAUGCCUGAAAUGAACAUCAAAGCCCCCAAGAUCUCCAUGCCUGAUUUGCAUCUUAAGGGUCCCAAAGUAAAGGGAGAUGUGGAUGUUUCCCUACCCAAAGUGGAAGGUGACCUCAAGGGUCCAGAGAUUGACAUCAAAGGCCCCAAAGUGGACAUUGAUGUCCCAGAUGUUGAUGUUCAUGGUCCAGACUGGCACCUGAAGAUGCCCAAGGUGAAGAUGCCCAAGUUCAGCAUGCCUGGCUUCAAAGUAGAGGGCCCUGAAGUGGAUGUGAAUCUACCAAAGGCUGACAUUGAUGUCUCAGGACCCAAAGUGGACAUUGAUGUUCCAGAUGUGAGCAUUGAAGGUCCAGAGGGCAAACUGAAAGGCCCCAAGUUCAAGAUGCCAGAGAUGAACAUCAAAGCCCCCAAGAUCUCCAUGCCUGAUUUGCAUCUUAAGGGUCCCAAAGUAAAGGGAGAUAUGGAUGUUUCCCUACCCAAAGUGGAAGGUGACCUCAAGGGUCCAGAGAUUGACAUCAAAGGCCCCAAAGUGGACAUUGAUGUCCCAGAUGUUGAUGUUCAUGGUCCAGACUGGCACCUGAAGAUGCCCAAGAUGAAGAUGCCCAAGUUCAGCAUGCCUGGCUUCAAAGCAGAGGGCCCUGAAGUGGAUGUGAACCUACCAAAGGCUGACAUUGAUGUCUCAGGACCCAAAGUGGACAUUGAUGUUCCAGAUGUGAGCAUUGAAGGUCCAGAGGGCAAACUGAAAGGUCCUAAGUUCAAGAUGCCGGAGAUGAACAUCAAGGCUCCCAAGAUCUCCAUGCCUGAUUUGCAUCUUAAGGGUCCCAAAGUAAAGGGAGAUGUGGAUGUUUCCCUACCCAAAGUGGAAGGUGACCUCAAGGGUCCAGAGAUUGACAUCAAAGGCCCCAAAGUGGACAUUGAUGUCCCAGAUGUUGAUGUUCAUGGUCCAGACUGGCACCUGAAGAUGCCCAAGGUGAAGAUGCCCAAGUUCAGCAUGCCUGGCUUCAAAGUAGAGGGCCCUGAAGUGGAUGUGAAUCUACCAAAGGCUGACAUUGAUGUCUCAGGACCCAAAGUGGACAUUGAUGUUCCAGAUGUGAGCAUUGAAGGUCCAGAGGGCAAACUGAAAGGCCCCAAGUUCAAGAUGCCAGAGAUGAACAUCAAAGCCCCCAAGAUCUCCAUGCCUGAUUUGCAUCUUAAGGGUCCCAAAGUAAAGGGAGAUAUGGAUGUUUCCCUACCCAAAGUGGAAGGUGACCUCAAGGGUCCAGAGAUUGACAUCAAAGGCCCCAAAGUGGACAUUGAUGUCCCAGAUGUUGAUGUUCAUGGUCCAGACUGGCACCUGAAGAUGCCCAAAGUGAAGAUGCCCAAGUUCAGUAUGCCUGGCUUCAAAGCAGAGGGCCCUGAAGUGGAUGUGAACCUGCCUAAGGCUGACAUUGAUGUCUCAGGACCCAAGGUGGACAUUGAAGGCCCUGAUGUAAACAUUGAAGGACCAGAAGGAAAGUUGAAAGGUCCUAAGUUCAAGAUGCCAGAGAUGAACAUCAAAGCCCCCAAGAUCUCCAUGCCAGACAUCGAUCUUAACCUGAAAGGGCCCAAAGUGAAGGGGGAUGUGGACAUGUCUCUGCCCAAAGUGGAAGGUGAGAUUAAAGUUCCUGAAGUUGACAUCAAAGGCCCUAAAGUGGAUGUUGAUGUUCCAGAUGUGGACGUUCAUGGCCCAGACUGGCACCUGAAGAUGCCCAAGGUGAAGAUGCCCAAGUUCAGCAUGCCUGGCUUCAAAGGAGAGGGCCCUGAAGUGGAUGUGAAUCUACCAAAGGCUGACAUUGAUGUCUCAGGGCCCAAGGUGGACAUUGAUGUUCCAGAUGUGAGCAUUGAAGGUCCCGAGGGCAAACUGAAGGGGCCCAAGUUCAAGAUGCCAGAGAUGAACAUUAAGGCUCCCAAGAUCUCCAUGCCUGAUGUGGACCUUAAUCUUAAAGGUCCCAAAGUGAAAUCAGAUAUGGAUGUUUCACUUCCAUGUGUAGAGAGUGAUUUGAAAGGACCUUCUCUUGAUAUAAAGGGCCCAAAGUUAGACAUAAAUGCUCCAGAUGUUGACAUUCAUGGUCCUGAGGGCAAACUAAAGGGCCCCAAACUGAAAAUGCCUGACAUGCAUGUAAACAUGCCCAAGAUAUCCAUGCCAGAAAUUGACCUGAAUUUAAAGGGCUCAAAGCUCAAGGGAGAUGUUGAUAUAUCUGGACCCAAACUAGAGGGUGACAUUAAAACUCCCAAGUUGGAUGUGAAGGGCCCGGAAGUGGACAUUUCUGCUCCGAAGGUCAAUAUUGAAGGGAAAUCAAAGAAAUCUCGUUUUAAGCUUCCCAAAUUUAAUUUUUCUGGGUCCAAAGUUCAGACACCUGACAUGGAUGUCAAAGUUAAAAAGCCAGAUGUUGAUGUAACAGCUCCAAAAGUUGAUAUUAAUGCUCCAGAAGUUGAAGUCCAAGGCAAAGUGAAAGGAUCCAAGUUUAAAAUGCCUUUCCUGAGUAUUUCAUCUCCCAAAGUUUCUAUGCCUGAUGUGGAGCUAAAUUUGAAAGGUCCUAAAGUCAAAGGAGACUUAGAUGUAGCAGGCCCAAAUUUAGAAGGAGACUUUAAAAGCCCCAAAGUGGAUAUCAAAGCACCCGAAGUUCAUCUUAAUGCACCUGAUGUGGACGUUCAUGGUCCAGAAUGGAAUCUGAAAAUGCCCAAGAUGAAAAUGCCCAAGUUCGGUGUGUCUGGUUUAAGAGCAGAAGGGCCUGAGGUGGCUAUGGACUUACCAAAGGGAGACAUCAAUAUUGAAGGUGCAAGUAUGAAUAUUGAGGGCCCAGAACUCAAUGUGGAAUGUCCAGAGGGAAGCUUAAAAGGCCCCAAAUUUAAGAUGCCCGAGAUGAACAUCAAAGCCCCCAAGAUCUCUAUGCCUGACAUUGACUUAAACCUGAAAGGCCCAAAGGUAAAAGGUGAUGUAGAUGUUUCUCUUCCCAAACUUGAAGGGGAUCUAAAAGGGCCAAAAGUUGACAUCAAAGGCCCCAAAAUGGAUGUUCCAGAUGUGGAUGUUCAUGGUCCAGACUGGCACCUGAAGAUGCCCAAAGUGAAGAUGCCCAAGUUCAGUAUGCCUGGCUUCAAAGCAGAGGGCCCUGAAGUGGAUGUGAACCUGCCUAAGGCUGACAUUGAUGUCUCAGGACCCAAGGUGGACAUUGAAGGCCCUGAUGUAAACAUUGAAGGACCAGAAGGAAAGUUGAAAGGUCCUAAGUUCAAGAUGCCAGAGAUGAACAUCAAAGCCCCCAAGAUCUCCAUGCCAGACAUCGAUCUUAACCUGAAAGGGCCCAAAGUGAAGGGGGAUGUGGACAUGUCUCUGCCCAAAGUGGAAGGUGAGAUUAAAGUUCCUGAAGUUGACAUCAAAGGCCCUAAAGUGGAUGUUGAUGUUCCAGAUGUGGACGUUCAUGGCCCAGACUGGCACCUGAAGAUGCCCAAGGUGAAGAUGCCCAAGUUCAGCAUGCCUGGCUUCAAAGGAGAGGGCCCUGAAGUGGAUGUGAAUCUACCAAAGGCUGACAUUGAUGUCUCAGGACCUAAGGUGGACAUUGAUGUUCCAGAUGUGAACAUUGAGGGUCCAGAAGGGAAACUCAAAGGCCCCAAGUUUAAAAUGCCUGAUCUCCACCUCAAGGCACCCAAGAUCUCAAUGCCAGAUGUUGAUCUGAACCUGAAAGGGCCCAAAGUGAAGGGUGAUGUGAAUGUUUCUCUGCCACAAGUAGAAGGAGACCUCAAAGGCCCUGAAGUUGACAUCAAAGGCCCCAAAGUGGACAUUGAUGUCCCAGAUGUGGACGUUCAUGGCCCAGACUGGCACCUGAAGAUGCCCAAGGUGAAGAUGCCCAAGUUCAGCAUGCCUGGCUUCAAAGCAGAGGGCCCUGAAGUGGAUGUGAAUCUACCAAAGGCUGACAUUGAUGUCUCAGGACCUAAGGUGGACAUUGACACUCCUGACAUUGACAUCCAUGGUCCAGAAGGGAAACUCAAAGGCCCCAAGUUUAAAAUGCCUGAUCUCCACCUCAAGGCACCCAAGAUCUCAAUGCCAGAUGUUGAUCUGAACCUGAAAGGGCCAAAAGUGAAGGGUGACGUAGAUGUUUCUCUGCCACAAGUGGAAGGAGACCUCAAGAGUCCAGAGAUUGACAUCAAAGGCCCCAAAGUGGACAUUGAUGUCCCAGAUGUUGAUGUUCAUGGUCCAGACUGGCACCUGAAGAUGCCCAAGGUGAAGAUGCCCAAGUUCAGCAUGCCUGGCUUCAAAGCAGAGGGCCCUGAAGUGGAUGUGAAUCUACCAAAGGCUGACAUUGAUGUCUCAGGACCCAAAGUGGACAUUGAUGUUCCAGAUGUGAGCAUUGAAGGUCCAGAGGGCAAACUGAAAGGCCCCAAGUUCAAGAUGCCAGAGAUGAACAUCAAAGCCCCCAAGAUCUCCAUGCCUGAUUUGCAUCUUAAGGGUCCCAAAGUAAAGGGAGAUAUGGAUGUUUCCCUACCCAAAGUGGAAGGUGACCUCAAGGGUCCAGAGAUUGACAUCAAAGGCCCCAAAGUGGACAUUGAUGUCCCAGAUGUUGAUGUUCAUGGCCCAGACUGGCACCUGAAGAUGCCCAAAGUGAAGAUGCCCAAGUUCAGUAUGCCUGGCUUCAAAGCAGAGGGCCCUGAAGUGGAUGUGAACCUGCCUAAGGCUGACAUUGAUGUCUCAGGACCCAAGGUGGACAUUGAAGGCCCUGAUGUAAACAUUGAAGGACCAGAAGGAAAGUUGAAAGGUCCUAAGUUCAAGAUGCCAGAGAUGAACAUCAAAGCCCCCAAGAUCUCCAUGCCAGACAUCGAUCUUAACCUGAAAGGGCCCAAAGUGAAGGGGGAUGUGGACAUGUCUCUGCCCAAAGUGGAAGGUGAGAUUAAAGUUCCUGAAGUUGACAUCAAAGGCCCUAAAGUGGAUGUUGAUGUUCCAGAUGUGGACGUUCAUGGCCCAGACUGGCACCUGAAGAUGCCCAAGGUGAAGAUGCCCAAGUUCAGCAUGCCUGGCUUCAAAGCAGAGGGCCCUGAAGUGGAUGUGAAUCUACCAAAGGCUGACAUUGAUGUCUCAGGACCUAAGGUGGACAUUGAUGUUCCAGAUGUGAGCAUUGAGGGUCCAGAAGGCAAACUGAAGGGGCCCAAGUUCAAGAUGCCAGAGAUGAACAUCAAGGCUCCCAAGAUCUCCAUGCCUGACUUUGAUUUGCAUCUCUCAGGCCCCAAAGUGAAGGGAGAUGUCGAUGCUUCCUUGCCUAAAAUGGAAGGUGAACUAAAGGGCCCAGGUAUUGAUAUCAAGGGCCCCCGUGUGGAUAUUGACACACCUGAUGUCAGUAUCGAAGGUCCAGAAGGAAAAUUAAAAGGACCCAAGUUUAAAAUGCCAGACAUGCACAUCAACGCUCCAAAGAUCUCCAUGCCUGACUUUGACUUCAACCUUAAAGGGCCCAAGGUAAAAGGAGAUGUGGACCUUGCAGUACCUAAGGUAGAAGGUGAUCUCAAAGGGCCAGAGAUAGACAUUGAGGGUCCUGAAGGAAAACUCAAAGGACCCAAAUUUAAGGUACCAGAUGUCCAUUUCAAAACCCCACAAAUUUCAAUGAGUGACAUUGAUUUGAACAUGAAAAUACCUAAGAUAAAGGGAGAUUUGGACAUUUCUAUUCCUAAACUAGGAGGGGAUUUGAAAGGCCCCAAACUGGACAUUGACACUCCUGACAUUGACAUCCAUGGUCCAGAAGGGAAACUCAAAGGUCCCAAGUUUAAAAUGCCUGAUCUCCACCUCAAGGCACCCAAGAUCUCAAUGCCAGAUGUUGAUCUGAACCUGAAAGGGCCCAAAGUGAAGGGUGAUGUGAAUGUUUCUCUGCCACAAGUGGAAGGAGACCUCAAAGGCCCUGAAGUUGAUAUCAAAGGCCCCAAAGUGGACAUUGAUGUCCCAGAUGUGGACGUUCAUGGUCCAGACUGGCACCUGAAGAUGCCCAAGGUGAGGAUGCCCAAGUUCAGCAUGCCUGGCUUCAAAGCAGAGGGCCCUGAAGUGGAUGUGAAUCUACCAAAGGCUGACAUUGAUGUCUCAGGGCCCAAGGUGGACAUUGAUGUUCCAGAUGUGAGCAUUGAAGGUCCAGAGGGCAAACUGAAAGGCCCCAAGUUCAAGAUGCCAGAGAUGAACAUCAAGGCUCCCAAGAUUUCCAUGCCUGAUGUGGAUUUGGAGUUAAAAGGACCCAAAGUAAAGGGAGACUUUGAUGUGUCUGUUCCUAAGAUUGAAGGUGCUCUCAAAGAACCUGAAGUAGACCUGAAAGGUCCAGGGCUAGAUUUCAAAGGCCCUAAUGUUAAACUUAGUGGCCCUAACUUGAAGAUGCCAUCACUGGAUGUAUCUGCUCCUAAAGUAACUGGGCCUGAUGUUAAUUUGCACCUCAAGACACCAAAAAUUGGAGUUUCUGGGCCUAAGUUAGGAGGUGAAGUGGACCUCAAGGGGCCCAAAGUUGAUUUAGAAACCCCAAGCUUAGAUGUUCACAUGGAGAGCCCAGAUAUCAAUAUGGAAGGGCCAGAUGUUAAAGUUCCGAAGUUUAGGAAACCCAAGUUUGGAUUUGGUGCCAAAAGCCCUAAAGCUGACAUCAAGACACCCUCAGUUGAUGUGACUGUCCCUGAAGCAGAGCUGAGUGUUGAGACUCCUGAAGUAAGCAUUGGUGGGAAGGGCAAGAAAAGCAAGUUUAAAAUGCCUAAAAUUCACAUGAGUGGUCCUAAAGUUAAGGCCAAAAAGCAGGGAUUUGAUUUGAAUGUUCCUGGAGGUGAGGUUGAUGCCAGUCUCAAGGCUCCUGAAGUGGAUGUUGGCAUGGCAGGACCAGAUGCUGCCCUCAAAGUUGAUGUAAAGUCUCCCAAAGUCAAGAAAACAAUGUUUGGGAAAAUGUAUUUCCCAGAUGUAGAAUUUGACAUUAAGUCACCCAAAUUUAAAGCAGAGGCUUCCCUACCUAGCCCCAAGAUGGAGGGUGAAGUCAAGGUACCUGAUCUGGAUAUUUCUUCACCAGGGAUUAAUGUGGAAGCUCCUGACAUUCAUGUGAAGACUCCCAAGUUUAAGGUCCCAGGUGUGGACAUCUCAGGGCCAAAGAUAGAGGGUAAUUUGAAAGGUCCUAAGGUGCAGGCAAAUUUGGACACACCUGAUAUGAACAUCGAAGGCACUGAUGCCAAAAUCAAAGCUCCCUCAUUUAGUGUUUCUGCUCCUCAAGUCUCCACACCUGAUGUGAAUGUUAAGUUGAAAGGACCAAAGAUAAAGGGUGAUGUUCCCAGUGUGGGACUGGAAGGACCUGACAUAGAUUUGCAAGGUCCAGAAGGAAAAAUCAAGUUCCCUAAGUUUUCACUGCCCAAGAUCAGUGCUCCUGGUGUGAAAAUGGAAGGUGCGAGCACUGAGAUCUGUGCCCAGAUGCCCUCCUUUGAAGGAAGCUUGAGUACAUCAGAUGUUAAGUUUGAAGGGCCCGAUAUGUCCCUAAAGGGCCCAGGAAUGGACUUGCCUUCAGUGGACCUGUCUAUGCCAAAAGUUUCUGGGCCUGAUCUUGACCUGAACUUGAAAGGACCAAGUUUGAAGGGAGAUGCGUCCAGUCCCAGCAUGACGCUGCAGGCCCCGGGUCUUGACCUCAAAAGUGUUGGUGGAAAAGUACAGAUAGGAGGAGAUGGCCUGAAAGUGUCAGGGAUUGAUGCCACAACAGCACUUAAUGUGGGGGUACCAGAUGUGACACUGAAGGGACCAAGCCUACAGGGAGAUCUGGCUAUGUCUGGGGACAUCAAGUGCCCUAAAAUAUCUGUGGGUGCUCCUGAUCUCAGCUUGGAGGCCUCAGAAGGUGGUGUCAAACUUCCCCACAUGAAGCUGCCUCAGUUUGCCAUCUCCACUCCGGGGUCCGACUUGGACAUUAACAUCAAGAAGCCACAAGUUUGUGGAGAACUAAAGGGGCCAGGGAUGGAUGUGAACCUGAAGGGGCCCCAGAUCUCAGCUCCAAGCAUGGACUUUAACUUGGAAGGACCAAAAGUGAAGGGGAGCCUUGGGGCCACUGGUGAACUGAAAGGCCCAGAAGUUGGGGGAAGUCUUCCAGGUAUCAGUGUCCAGGGCCUAGAAGGAAAUCUUCAAAUGCCUGGAAUUAAGGCAUCUGGGUGCGAUGUGAAACUUUCUGGUCCUGAAGUAAAAGGAGAUCUGAAAGGUUCAGGAAUAGGUGUCCAUGAUGUCAGAGUCAAGGGGCCUGAGUCAGAUUUUGGUGUCAGCUUGAAGGGCCCCAAAGUCAAAGGAGGUGUAGAUGUUUCAGGGGGUGUCAGUGUCCCAGAGAUCAACCUGGGUGAAGGGCAUACGAGUGUCAAAGGCCCUGGGGUUGAGUGGAAGGGACCCCAGGUCUCCUCCUCUCUAAACUUGGAUACAUCUAAACUUGCUGGGAACCUUCAUUUCUCAGGACCAAAGAUAGAAGGAGGUGUGAAAGGAGGCCAGAUUGGACUCCAAGGUCCUGGGCUGAGUGUGUCUGGGCCUCAGGGUCACUUGGAAAGUGAAUCUGGAAAAGUAACAUUCCCCAAGAUGAAGAUCCCCAAAUUUACCUUCUCUGGCCGUGAGCUUGUUGGCAGAGAAGUAGGGGUGGACGUCAACUUCCCUAAAGUAGAGGCCACUGUGCAGGCUGGUGCAGAAGGUGACUGGGAAGAAUCUGAAGUAAAACUUAAAAAAUCCAAAAUCAAAAUGCCCAAGUUUAAUUUUUCCAAGCCUAAAGGGAAAGGUGGUGUCACUGGCUCACCAGAAGCAUCCAUUUCUGGGUCCAAAGGGGACCUGAAGAGCUCAAAGGCCAGCUUGGGCUCUCUGGAAGGGGAAGCAGAUGCUGAAGUGUCUUCACCAAAAGGCAAAUUCUCCCUGUUUAAAAGCAAGAAACCAAGACACCGCUCCAACUCCUUUAGCGAUGAGAGGGAGUUCUCUGCGCCUUCCACCCCAACCGGGACUUUGGAGUUUGCAGGUGGAGAAGUUAAAGGCAAACACGGAAAGCUGAAAUUUGGUACCUUUGGUGGGUUGGGUUCAAAGAGCAAAGGUCAUUAUGAGGUGACAGGGAGUGAUGAUGAGGCAGUCAAGUUGCAGGGGAGUGGAGUGUCCUUGGCCUCAAAGAAGUCCCGGCUGUCUUCCUCCUCUAGCAAUGACAGUGGGCCCAAGGUUGGCAUCCAGCUUCCUGAAGUAGAGUUAUCAAUUUCCACAAAGAAAGAAUAGUGGGUCUUGAAUGUGUGUACAUAUAUAUAAAUACAUCAGCUUUGGGUGUGUUUGUAUAUAAACUCCAAGGAGAAACACCCCAACAGCCUCAGCAAUAACACAACGAUCUUGCCUCUACCAGUGGCAAGUGCUGACAAACCAAGUGCCUCUAGGCUCCUGGGACUCUGCAGCUAGGUAAAGCGUUCUAAGUUCAUCUGGCCCAUGUGCAAAGUCAACAGUAUUUGCCUUAAGAUUUCAGUUUUUUGGUUUCUUCUUCUUUCUUUCUUUUUAUUUUGCAUUGAAUGCUGAGAGCUCGUGUUUACUAAGCAAGCUUUGUGUUUAUCAUCCUUAUUUUUACUGAACAUUGUUAGUACCUGGGUAAUGCAAACCCACUUUUUUUUCAUUGUAAUGACUUUGGGGGCUUUUUGUGAGUAAGGAAGGGUGGGAUAAAAGGUAGCAGAGGGGCCAGGUCUUUGUUGCUCUGAAGGUUGGAAAUGUAUAAACACCAACACCCUGGCAUGGUUCAGAGGAGGUGACAGCCAGAGGUGGAUGUUUCUCAAUUCUCUGUAGCAUGACUUUUUAUUCCCAGGUGUGUUAGCUCCAGCCUAGUUUGGUGCUCAAGGUGAGAGGGGAAUUUGAAUCUGUUUGCAAACUGUCUAACCCACCAGGUCAAGGUGAGGGGCUUCCAUUUUGGGUUUGGUAAGAAAAGUGUUCAUUCAUGACUGCCGUGUUCUGAGAAAAGUUCUGAUUCCUUUUAACAAAUGUCAUCAUGAUUGAGGAAAUGUCUGGCACUUUAAUGGCAAAUUAAUUCAGAAUGUAAGAAAGUUGAUGCUGUACAAGGCAAAUAAAGCCAUUUAUUAACCCUGA